AAAGGCCAUUGCACGUUAAAAAAUUUUAGUCGUAAUCAUAAUGCCGUAAGAAAAUUGACCAAUCACAAACAUUCUAAAACAUAAUAAGAAUGUUUGAACUGUGAUUGGUUGAUUUACUUACGGCUUUACAAUUAUAAUUAAAAUUUUUUAACGUGCAAUGGCCUUAAGUUCUAAGUUUGCCUAAGUUCUUGACACAUUGAAAAUGAGUAUAUAUAGAUUAAAUUUCGUCGAGACAAAAGUAGUUUAUAAAACAAUUUUUUUCACACGAUUAUAUAUUUUGCACAGCGGAGUCGAUUGACGAGACGUAUUACAUUAGUACUGUAAUUAUACGGAAGUUGUGUGUGUGUUUUUUGCAGGUAAGAAUAAUUUGCACGAAAACAAAAUGACGAAAAGCGAGAGAAAAACGGAAGGAACCGGCGUGCGAAAUGUUUUUGUUACUUCACUUAUUGCAGGAGGUGCCGCGGGAACAUUUGUGGAUAUUACAUUAUUCCCGCUAGAUACAUUGAAAACUCGAUUGCAGAGUGUGCAAGGAUUUUUGAAGGCUGGAGGUUUCACAGGUCUUUACAGAGGAAUUUAUCCAGUCAUAGUUGGUUCGGCACCAACAGCUGCUUUAUUCUUUUUAACAUAUGAAGAAAUUAAAGCCAUAAUGCAGCCAAAGAUUUCCACAAAGUACUGUACAGUACUUCAUAUGGGAGCAGCAACAUUAGGAGAAAUGGUAGCAUGUUUAAUACGAGUUCCUGUGGAGGUCAAAAAACAGAGAAAACAGGCACUGAUACACGACAAGGAAUCACUUGGUCUUAAAUUAUUGUACCGUGGGUAUUGGAGUACAGUGUUACGAGAUACGCCUUUUAGUAUUGUACAGUUUCCAUUAUGGGAAUAUUUGAAGAAGCUCUACAGUUUGCAUAUCAAGAGAAAAAUAUAUCCAGUGGAAAGUGCAAUCUGCGGUGCAAUUUCAGGAAGCAUCUCUGCAACUGUUACGACUCCAUUGGAUGUUGCUAAAACGAGGAUAAUGCUCGCUAACAGAACAAUGCUUUCAUCACAACUGACAAUCCUAAAUGUACUUCAUGAAACAUAUAUAGAAAAUGGUUUUCGUGGACUAUUUGCUGGUCUUGGACCAAGAAUAACGUGGAUCACAUUGGGAGGUUUUAUAUUCUUUGGAGUUUAUGAAAAAGCAAGAGUUCUCACAGAAAAUAUUUUCAAUGCUACAAUAAUAACUACGUGAAUUUAUAUUAUAUCAUAAAAAAAAAGUUAUAUAAUAGUGAAUUAUUAGAUAUAUAUUGUUAUUUGAAACAUGUAUAAAAAAUUUAUUUUUUUCAAUGUACAAUAAUAUAUUUAUUUUUCCUA